ACAUAUUUAAUGUAUAAUUGAAACUUAUCUUUUCCAAACCCCUGCCUUAUCUUGGGAGCAGACUGAAGUAAUCGGAAAACGCCUCUACAACAAUGGCAGUGACGAUUACCACCGGCACCUCAUUGCUCUCUCAAUCUUCAUUAAUCCCAUACUCUGUAAAACCAUCGAAAACCCUUAUUUAUUCAUCUCACAGAGUCUAUCAUAGCGGGGUUUUAGCAUCGCCAUGCCUAUCAAAUCGAGCUUUGAGGUUUCAUCACGCGAAUUACAGAAACAGGGAAGCUUUGAAGAGAGGCCUCUCUUCGGUUUGCUUUUAUGAGAAUAAGGAUUCUACAAACGGAAAGGAAACUGUUGUGGAGUGGCCAAUCCUGCAACGAUGGGAUGUACCAUGGGAGUGGUAUACAGUUUCACUGACCUCACUUGCUUGUGGAUUAAGUUUUGUUUUGACAGGGCUUGUAGAGGCAGCAGCUAUACCGUACCUUGGCUUUCAAAUUGGAGAAUUAAGUCUGGAUGACAAGGCGGAAAUUUUGUUUUUUGACCAAGCCUUCACAACAGCUGUUGUACUUGUAACGCUUUAUAGUGUCACCAACACAAGCAAAGAAAAUCCUGACGACUUAUAUCGUUAUGAUUGGAGGGAUCCUUUCGAUCUUCAAAGAGGAUGGCUAUUGUGGGCUGGAAUUGGUCUUGUUGGAGCCUUGGUUACUAUCUCACUUGCAGGAGUAGCCAUGUCCUUGUUCAGUGGUGAGGCACCUCAAAGAGAGACUGAUGCUCUUGUUCGCUUACUUCCAUUGAUCGGAUCCUCAAGUAUCAGCACUGUUUGCCUGUUGGGCAUCACAGGUGUCCUUGCUCCAGUUCUAGAAGAGAAUGUGUUCCGUGGCUUCCUUAUGGUGUCCCUUACCAAGUGGGUGCCCACACCGAUCUCUGUCCUUAUAAGUGCUGCGGUAUUUUCAGCUGCACAUCUCACUCCUGGGGAAUUUCCACAGCUCUUCAUACUUGGAACUGCUUUGGGGUUUUCAUAUGCCCAAACUCGCAACCUUCUCACUCCCAUAACAAUUCACGCUCUGUGGAAUUCGGGGGUCGUCUUGUUGCUGACCUUCCUUCAGAUUCAAGGAUAUGACAUCAAGGAAGUAUUGCAGGUGUCUUGAUAGACUGUGUACCACCAAUCCAAUGUGGAUCUUUAGAAAAACAGGUGCUGUAAGUUUAUUCUCUAUGCCAUGGAAGUAACUGAAAGUUCAUAAACAUUGUUUAAAUGUAUAUAUUAUAGUUUGCUGCCAACACUAAACCUUUUAAUUAAUUUAUUCUGGAAAAAGAGAGAGAUCCAGAGUUUUGUACC